AGAAAAGUGCACUCACAGGAAUCGUUCUCUACAGACAUCUGCAAGACUACCUUCUAAAAGAAGAACAGUUACACGAAAAUAACUAUCCCCAACCCAGCCCUGACAAACCAGGCAGUAUUCUUUUAAACCCGGGCAUGACCAAAACUCUUACAACUGACACUUCCAAGAAGGUCUGUUGUCGUUGUGGGAAAACAUAUGGUGUGACUCCCGCAGGCAAACACAGUAGGGUAGAAGAAUGUUACUACCACUUUGGCCGAGUGCUGACUCAUAAAGUCCUCGGCGGCUUAGAAACACGGUACCGCUGUUGUGAAGGUGUCCUUGGCUCCACAGGGUGUCAGGUCGCCAAGCUUCACGUUCAUGACCAAAAAGAAAACCUAGAGGGCUUUGUGAAGACUUUUGUCAAGUCCCCACCCCCCGACGGUAAUCAUGGUGUAUUUGCUGUGAAUUGUGAGGUGUGCUACACAGCCAAAGGUUUGGAACUUACUCAAGUGACAGUGGUUGAUCCCAGCCUUCAGGUGGUCUACGCUACAUUUGUGAAACCAGAUGAAGAAGUCAUUGACUAUAACACUAGGUUUUCUGGUGUGGUCGAAAAGGACCUCAAGAACAUCAAAACUUCCAUCCGUGAUGUCCAAGCCGUCCUGUUGAACCUGUUCAGUGCUGACACUGUCCUAAUUGGACACAGCUUUGAACACAGUCUUUAUGCUCUUAAGUUAAUUCAUUCUUCAGUUGUGGACACGACAGUUAUGUUUCCUCAUCGGCUAGGCUUGCCUCACAAAAGAUCCCUUAAGAGUCUAGUGGCUGACUAUCUGCAGAGAAUCAUUCAGGAUGAUGGUCACAAUUCAAUUGACAGUGCAGUUGCCUGCAUGGAACUGGUCCUCUGGAAGGUUAGAGAUGACCUGAAAGGAAAGAAGUAAUCACUUCGCCUGAGAAGAUCUUCAGUCCCUGCCUUGUUGUGUCAGUGACCCCUCUGGCCUCUGCUUCUGGCACUACAAUUUGGUCUACGACGGCAUGAGUUUUCUUGACCUUUUUCUUCCAAGAGGAGAAAUAAAAGUGCUGUUGAGGUUUAUUUAUUACAUUUUAAAGGCUAAAUUUCCAAGUUUAUUUCUCAAGUUAUGACUACUGUGGGGAGAAUGGUUAAUGGGGAGGAAUUAAAGUUCUUUAUGUUUGAAUGUUUGGCUCCUCUUCAUUGAUGG